AUGGCGCCGUCUAUUACCGAAACCCCUGCUAGUCAAAUCAUCGUCCCUGUGAAGGCCGAUCCUCGAUCCAUCCAAGAGAAGCCUCGAGUGAGAAGAAUUAUCGAUGAAGAAGGUGGGAAGACCACAGCUAGUUACCCCAACUAUCUCCCUACAUGGGACUAUGAGGAAAAGUACCCACCACUUGAACCGUUUAACCAUGUUGAUCACGGCAAGGAUGCCGACUCAUCCUUCAAAGAUCUCUUGCCUGAAGGAUCCAAGAUCCAGAAACUUACACCAACGAUUGGUUCCGAGGUGACUGGUAUUCAGUUGAGCAAGCUCAACUCCGCUGGGAAGGAUCAACUCGCCCUCCUUGUUGCUCAGCGCAAGGUCGUUGCAUUCCGAGAUCAAGACUUUGCCGAUCUCUCUAUUCAAGAGGCCCUUGAUUUUGGUGGUUACUUUGGUCGGCACCACAUCCAUCCCACCAGUGGGUCUCCAGAAGGAUAUCCGGAAAUCCACCUUGUUCAUCGAAACAACAACGCAUGGGAAUUUGACCAAUACCUUGCUGAGAAAAACAGCAGCGUAUCCUGGCACUCAGAUGUUACUUAUGAGCAGCAACCACCAGGAACCACCUUCCUAUAUCUUCUGGAUGGCCCCGAAAUUGGGGGAGAUACAGCGUUCGUGGACCAGGUAGAGGCGUAUAAUCGACUCUCACCAGCUCUAAAACAGCGCUUGCAUGGUCUCAAGGCUAUCCAUUCUGGAUUUGAGCAGGCUGAAAAUAGUCGAAAUCGAGAUGGAGUUGUGAGACGUGAGCCAGUCAAGAAUGAGCACCCUCUUGUUCGAACACAUCCUGUCACUGGGGAAAAGGCACUUUUUGUCAACGCUGGCUUCACUCGAAGCAUUGUGGGGCUCAAAAAAGAAGAGAGUGACGCUCUUCUUGGCUUUUUGUUAGCACAUGUUGGUCGUGGUAUUGACUACCAAGCACGGAUUCGAUGGGCCCCUGGGACUGUCGUGGUCUGGGAUAACCGGGUGACUGCCCACUCCGCAAUUAUUGACUGGACAACCGGUGAACGCCGUCAUUUGGCACGAAUUACUCCACAGGCCGAACGACCAUAUGAGACUUCUUAUAUCUCUGAUGAGGCUCCAUCUCAGUCUUGA